AUGAAGUUCGUGCUGUUAGUUAUAAGUUGCCUGCUGGCAGGUGUUUUAGCCACCAAUCCACCGAAAUGGCCCGAUGUGUAUUCGGUCAGCGGUAUGCUGACCAUCCCGUACGCCGAGAUCAAUGAACCGUUCUACGCCUGGUACGACAAAACAAAUGGACGCUCCCGGAUCGACUAUUACGGCGGUAUGGUGAAAACGUAUCAACUCACCAGACAGGGCGACUUUGGCGUAAGUCUAAAGUUGGCCCCGGUUACGACGCAAAAUCAGAUGAACAAAGAAACCUGCCUGCAGGUUAAUGGGUCACUAGCGAACAAGAUCGAUGUGCAGAGCAUCCUGCCGUAUGUGAAGGACUUCCAGCUGAUGGGGACGGAAGAAUGUUCCGGUUAUCAGUGUGAUAAGUUCGGACUGACCGAGUACGUCGGGCAGAAGCGCAACGUUUACUUGCUGUGGGUGCGGUACGUGAAAUCACCCAAGUAUCCUGCCGCCCGUAUGCCCAUCCCGGUGCGGUAUGAGAUGAAGGGCUACAAUACGCUGCUCGGUUCGCACUACGAUCAUUACUAUCUCGAUUACGCAUCGUACGAUCAUCAGGACAUCCCCGAGGACGUGUUUGAGGUGAAGCUGAGUGACCCUUGCGUAGGAUUCCCCGGACCGGGUAAUGGACACUAUGCCACCUUUAAUCCGAUGCAAGAAUUCAUUCAUCCCCGGUCGGAGGAACAUCUGCACAAUGAGUUCGAUCGGUUUAAGAAUAAGCAUGGCAAAUCGUACGGCAGCGAGGAGGAGCACGAGCGGCGUCUGAGUGUGUUCCGCCAGAACCUACGCUUCAUCCAUUCGCACAACCGAGCCAACCGGGGUUUUACCGUGUCCGUGAACCAUCUGGCAGAUCGCACGGAGGAAGAGAUGAGAGCGUUGCGUGGAUUCCGCUCGUCCGGUAUUUACAACGGUGGUCACCCAUUCCCGUACAAUCCUAGCGAUCAUCUGGACGAUCUGCCGGACAGCUGGGAUUGGCGCAUCAGUGGGGCCGUUACACCGGUCAAGGAUCAGUCCGUGUGUGGAUCGUGCUGGUCGUUCGGUACGAUCGGUCACAUCGAGGGUGCGUACUUCCGCAAAACCCAAAAGCUGGUCCGCUUCUCCCAGCAGGCACUGAUCGAUUGUUCCUGGGGCUACGGCAACAAUGGGUGUGACGGGGGCGAAGAUUUCCGCGCGUACCAAUGGAUGAUGGAGGUUGGCGGUGUGCCGAUGGAAGAUGAGUAUGGCGGUUAUUUGGGACAGGAUGGAUACUGCCACGUGCAGAACAUGAUACUGUACGCACCGAUUACCGGCUGGGUGAAUGUAACCUCGGGCGAUUCGGAUGCGUUUAAGGUGGCGCUGUUCAAGCACGGACCGCUGUCGAUCGCGAUCGAUGCCGGGCACAAAUCGUUCAGCUUCUACUCGAACGGUGUGUACUACGAGCCGGAAUGCAAGAACAAGCUGGACGAGCUGGAUCAUGCCGUGCUGGCAGUCGGGUACGGACAGCUGAACGGCGAAGACUACUGGCUGAUCAAGAACUCGUGGUCCAAUUACUGGGGCAACGAUGGGUAUGCGCUGAUGGCGGUGAAGGACAACAAUUGUGGUCUUACGACAGACGCUACCUAUGUGCUGAUGUGA